AGUCCAGGAUUAUAAAGUAAACGUUUAGGAAAAAUAUUUCCUAAUGCAAAUUCUUCUACUUAACAAACUUGAUAAUGAAAGAUAUUAAACAGACUUCGUAUAUGUUUAUUUACAUAUAAUAUACAGAUUGAUACGACGAUAUCAUCAUAAGCUGAGCUGAAUUUAUAUCUGAAUUUUAAAUAAGAUGUUUUUGAUAAUAAAUGCGAACUGGUAAACUUUUUUUUACAAUUAUGCAAUGUAAUCUAGAUUUCAAACAGAAGUAUUUUUAUUGUAAAGACAGAGAAUUGCGAAACCGAUUUCUUGACUGAAAUUAACAAUAUUAAAAUAUUCAGAUCUGCUGUUUUGUUUUAGAAAAGCCAUCCUCAUAGAUUGCGUUGUGUAUUCAAUGUUUUUGCAAUAGUUUUGCUGUAGGAAACAUUGUCAUCUAUUAUGGAAGGAAAAGUCGCUGUAGUAACAGGAUCAACCACUGGCAUAGGACUCGGCAUCGCUCGGCAUUUAGCUAAUCUUGGAUGCAAUGUUAUUCUCACGGGAUUAGGAGGCGCAACUUUGAUAGAUGGUUUAGUAGAGGAGUUCACUAGAAAAUAUGCUGGCAAAACAUAUUUUGUUGCAUGUGAUUUGACGAAAGAGGAUGAAAUCAAUACAUUCUGCUCGAACAUUUGUAGCAUCUUUCCAGAGGGUAUAGAUAUUCUGGUAAAUAAUGCAGGAAUCCAGUUUACAGCAAGCAUAGAAAACUAUCCACUAGAUACAUGGAACAAUAUGAUGGCUGUUGGCCUGACGGCUCCCUUCUUGUUGAUACAAGAGUUCUUACCAAAAAUGAAGAAAAAAGGAUGGGGAAGAAUUGUAAACAUGGCAUCCAUGAUGGGUAUUAUAAGUGGACCAGAACUGGCUGCCUACAGUGCCUGUAAAUCAGCAUUAAUUGGACUAACAAAAGGUGUUGCACUAGAAGCUGCCCGGCACGGUGUUACAUGUAAUGUAGUUUGUCCAGGCUAUUCUGAUGCACCAAUAUUUUAUCACAAAAUAGAAAAACAUGCAGCUGCCAAUUCUCUGUCUUUUGAUUGUGCUAAGGGAGAACUGUUUAGUACACUUAAUCCACACAAGAAACCAAUAACAGUACAAGAGAUUGCUGAGCUGGUAUCGUUUCUUUGUACUUCCGGUGCUGACAGUAUGACAUGUUCCCCAAUACUAAUGGAUGCUGGAAAUACAAUUAAAUAAAUCAAAACGAUUCAGUUUGGUCAU